AUGGUAUCGGAAAUUGAUUUAAAUCCGUUACUUCAUUUGGAACCGAAUAGUGCAACUGAUGAACGAUUCAAAGCAUUGGUAUUUGUUAAGAAAAUUCAUAAAACAAUGUAUUUCAUUAAGUGCAUGGAUGGAGUAAUAUCAUAUGAUCGGCAUUGUUUGUACGUAGCCUGUAGAUAUCUUCAUGAAUAUAUGGAUAGUAAUCCACAAGAAAAUUCAAUCCAUUUAGAAUUUAAAGCAGUUACAGUUGAGAAGGUAUUAUCAUUUGCAUUUACUGGUAUAUGUCAGAUGAAAUACUAUGGUGGUAAUUUUAAUUCCUUUGAUUUUGCUAAUUAUCAACAAUUUCUCGCUUGCUUAAAUUUUUUAAAACCAUUAAUGUAUCAGGAAUUAUUGCAAAUGUACGACGAUGAUUUUUGUCGGAUCUUUCAGAAGCUAUGCAAUACAGCACGACCACCAUGCGAAGCUAAUACGCUUCAAUUUCUACGUCUUGCCAUACGAUUUGGUUUUCCGAAACUUGAAGCUUGCGCAACUGCACGGAUUGUUGCACAAUUUCCUAACACAUAU